CAGCCCGAUCAAUAGUUGGCUACUUAAAGCGGAACUGGCGCAAUAUGCGCAAAGCAACCAAUAGAGGAUCGCGAUUUUUAGUCUGUGAGUCUCGUCCACUUAGAUAUUGAACAUUCCAAAGGCCGGUCUCCUCCUUCUCGGUGUUCUUUGUUGUCGAUCGCCGCCCUUAAAUAAAUCAAAAUGCUGUACGCCGCCAGAUUGAUCGCCCCUGCAGCCAGGUCUGCUCUCUUCAGCAACACAGCCCUUGUUAGGCCACUGGCAGCUCUGCCACAAGCGCAGAUUGUCCCCGCCCCAGUUUCCCAGCUGUCUGCUGUGCGUUCUUUCCAGACCACAGCGGUCACUAAGGACAUUGACUCCGCCGCCAAGUUCAUUGGUGCCGGAGCUGCCACAGUUGGAGUGGCUGGAUCUGGUGCUGGUAUUGGGACAGUUUUUGGUUCCCUCAUCAUCGGCUAUGCUAGAAACCCAUCUCUCAAGCAACAGCUGUUCUCAUAUGCCAUCUUGGGUUUCGCCCUGUCCGAGGCCAUGGGACUGUUUUGUCUUAUGAUGGCCUUCCUGUUGCUCUUUGCUUUCUAAGCUAAUUAUUUUAAGAACACUACUACUGCCAUCCUACAUGAGGUUUCUUAUCUAUCUGGAGUGGACGGCCAUGGAAUCGAAUGUGUGAAACCUCCCUUUUAGUGGUGCGAGAACUAUGUGUUAAGUGUUACACUCACCAGUGCAUCAUGAAUGCAGUUUAUUUAAUAAUUAUGUAGUAUAAAAAUCUGCAAAUAAAAUGUUGUACCUAAAUAUUCAAUUAUUCCUAUACCUUAUAUAUGUAGAAAGUUCAAAUCAUGUUAUUUAUGCCUAGCUUUCCGGUAUCUGUCUGAGGUCGGUGAUAAAUGAUAAUAAUAGCCGCAUGAAGGUGGCAUGUAGAAUUGUUAUCGACUUUGCUGUUUGGGAUUGCCGUCUGUAUUGUACAUUUUUAGGGAGAUUAAAUGAUACAAACCGA